AUGGAUUUCAGUUCCUCAUCAGUGUUUGAUCAGCACAGAGGUGAUGCAGCAGAAGAGGGUGACUUGUCUGUGGUUUACCAAGCAGCAGCUAGUGGCGAUGUGAGCACACUAACUGCAGUGAUUCGAGAAGAUCCUUCCAUCCUGGAGUCCUGUGACAGUGAGGGUUGCACACCUUUGAUGCAUGCUGUGUCAGGACGCCAGGUUGAUACAGUGAAGCUUCUGUUGAAGAUGGGAGCCAAUAUUAAUACUCAAGAUGCUUGUGGACGUACCAGUUUAUGUCUGGCAACUUAUCUGGGCUGGCUGGAAGGCUGUAUCAGCCUGAUCAGAAACGGUGCUAAGCAGAACAUACCUGACAAAAACGGGAGGUUGCCACUGCAUGCUGCUACUGCAGAGCCUGAUGUGAGGCUUCUGAACGUGCUUCUGCAGAAGUCAAAUCUAAAUGAAAUUAAUCAUCAGGACAAUGAGGGAAUGACUUCACUCCACUGGGCUGCUUUCCACGACAGGCCCCAGCACACCCAGACUCUGCUGCACAGGGGAGCAGACCUCACUCUGGUGGACAAAGACCUCAAAACAGCUCUGCACUGGGCAGUACAGAGUGGCAACAGGGUUCUGUGUUCCAUCAUUCUAGACCACUACCAGGGACCAUCAAUAAUAAACUACGAUGAUGAGAAUGGCAAAACAUGUAUGCACAUUGCUGCUGCUUCAGGCUACAGUGAUAUUAUUAGUGAGCUGGCUAAAGUCCCGGAGUGCAACCUGCAGGCCCUUGAUGUGGAUGAGAGGACGCCUUUGCACUGGGCUGCAGCAGCAGGGAAAGCUGACUGUGUGCAGACACUGCUAGAGCUGGGGAUAGAAAGCAACCCUCGAGACAUCAAUGAAAACACUCCUCUGACAUACGCAAUGUACUGUGGGCAUACAGCAUGCAUCAAUCUGCUGUCUCAGGAGAACAGUAGAUCUGAGCCAGUUCGACAGUUUCCCUCCCAGAACAACAGACCCCCAAAGAAAGAAGGACGAUUCAGUAUACUGAACCACAUCUUCUCUUUCAAAAAGAAUAAAAAUGACCAAAAAAGCAGUCAGAAGGAGAAAAGCAGAGACCGAUAUCCUAGAGAAGAGAGGUCAGACGUAGAUGACAUCAUCACCACUUUUGAUUGCAUUAUGGACACAAACUGCAAAGACAAGCGCAUUACCACCAUUGGCUUUAAAAGAAGAAGCACAGACACUAAGUAUCUCGUACCAGAAAAGAAGCAGCCAGAGUGUGAGGGACUUCUGCCCAUUAGAACCCAGACUCUUCCUCCAAUCACUGUGGGCAAUUCCUUCCUAACUGCUUCCCGGAGCACAUCAACCUUCUCGUCCAGCACCAGCACCCGCUAUAUUGCACACAAGUCUUUAAAGAGACAGAAUGAACACAACUUGCUGGGCCCCAGAAGCAGCUGCCAGGCUUUGUUGGAUGCUCCCUGGAACACAGACUCUAACCGGCUACUCUCCGACAAAGCCUGCACUAGGACUCCUUCAGACAAACUGAUAAAUGGCUUAAACUCUGAUAGAUCUCACCGUGUGCGUGUGUGCCCUUCCCAUCUUCCCUCACUUCCCAGUUCUCCAUCCGGUAAAAAUUUUCAAAAGAUGUCCACAGACCAACCCAAAAUAAAAAAUAACACUCCUGUACAGAACAGCCUAGCUCCCAUACCCAACUGCUGUGCUCACAAAAUUCAGCUGCCAUCUCAGGGUGCUAAGAAGUUUAAGUCCCUGCCUUUAAAUUCCCCAAGGACUGGUGCAGUUAUUCUCCCACCAGCCUCAACCUCCAGAUCCCAGAAAAGGGGGCAUUCUCAGAGUCAUUUGCUCUAUCCCAUCUUGCCUGGUCUUUCAGGAGAGCCUCUGAAACCAAGCUGUGUCCUACCUGCUAUCCCAAGCCAGAAGAGAUCUAACCCUGCAGAAGAGCUUCAGAAUUCUCUCACCAAACCAGAUGCUUAA